CAUUGCUAUUUCAAUACAAAUUCUUAGUCAUCCGCCUAAUAAAAGAUCAGCUUUAUAAACAGAUUUGAUACUAGUGGAGUUAUAUUUCGACUUAGAGUUGAUAGAUGUUUUAUUAUUUACAUAUAUUACAGAGAGGCUCGCUUAUCAUAUUAUAAUUAAUAUAGCAAUUUUGAUGUUAGAAAUUAGUUCUUCCUUAACAAUGGGCGUUUUACGGCAGUGAUUGACUUACACUCUGCAGCCAGUUUACAGAGAAAGAGGAGGAAGAUCGGUAGUCAUCAAAUCAUCCUCAAAUUGAUGUUAAAUUGCUGUGUAAGAGUCCCAAUUGCAGACAUUCUAUGUUGGUUUGGUUGAAACUUUUAGACAAAUCAAAAAUUAUUUUUAUUAGGUAAAAUUACACUUUAUUAAUUAUUCAUACCCAAACGGAUUUGUUGGCACAGCCUUAUCUGCAGGCAGCCAGCUGACAACUGAUUGCCGUGUUUUGGGUGCUGAGCUAGAACCAGAUAUAGCCUAGCUCUUGGAGAAGCGCCAGUUGGUUUAGGAAAGCAUCAGCGAUAAACGUAGCUAUUACUAUCGUUUUAAACGUCAGACUUGUGUUUAGUUUCUGUACGAAAUCGAUGCCGGUGGUUAUAUCACAAUUUUUAUGUAUAUUUUGAGAUAGCAAGGAAGGAAGACUGGAGAGGAAAAAAUAUCAGUCCUGCUGAUCAAUACAUCUGAUUCAUUACAUACAGAUGAAGAUGGUAUUGCACUAUUUGUUCUAAGUUCAGUGCUACACUUUCAUUCUUAAUUAAUUGGUUGACAACGAGCAACUUGGCCAAAAUAUAUUGAAGCAUGUCUAGUCACAAGAGUUCAAAAAAAGAAGGCUCAAGUACGAAGAUGCGGAUAAGGGCUUUCCCGAUGACCAUGGACGAAAAGUAUGUAUCCAAUAUCUGGGCUCUUUUGAAGAAUGCGAUACAAGAAAUCCAACGGAAAAAUAACAGUGGUCUUAGUUUUGAGGAACUCUACCGAAAUGCAUACACAAUGGUUCUACACAAGCAUGGUGAAAGGUUAUACACAGGACUAAGAGAGGUUGUCCAAGAGCAUCUUGUUUCGAAGGUUCGUGAGGAUGUGUUAAAAGCAUUAAAUAAUAAUUUUCUACAAACUUUGAAUGCAGCGUGGAACGACCACCAAACAGCCAUGGUCAUGAUAAGAGAUAUUCUUAUGUACAUGGAUCGAGUGUAUGUACAACAAAAUGGUGUUGACAACGUUUACAAUCAAGGCCUAAAAAUAUUCCGUACUCAGGUAGUCCGUCAUGGUAACAUUCGGGAACAUCUCCGCCAGACACUCCUAGAGCUUGUGAUGAAGGAAAGGCGUGGAGAGGUUGUGGAUAGGGGAGCUGUUCGUAAUGCAUGCCAGAUGUUAAUGAUGCUAGGUAUUGAAUCAAGAACUGUUUAUGAAGAGGACUUUGAGAAGCCAUUCUUGCAGCAGUCAGCAGAGUUUUAUAGGGUAAAUGAAAGCCAGAAUUUUCUAGCGGAGAACAGUGCGUCUGUGUACAUCAAGAAAGUAGAAGCAAGGAUCAAUGAAGAGGCAGAGAGGGCGUCCCACUACCUAGACAAGUCAACGGAGGUGCACAUUGUAGGCGUGCUGGAGGAGGAGCUAAUUAGUAAACAUAUGAAAACAAUUGUUGAGAUGGAAAAUUCUGGAGCUGUUCAUAUGCUCAAGAACAAUAAGAAAGAAGAUUUAGCUUGUAUGUACAAGUUGUUCAAGCGAGUGAAAGAUGGUCUUAAGACAAUGUGCGAAUGUGUGAGUGGUUACCUACGAGAGCAAGGCAAAGUACUUGUCCAAGAAGAGGACGGAGGCAAGAACCCGGUCCAAUAUGUCAAGGAUUUACUUGACCUCAAAGACAGAUUUGACGAGUUCCUUCAUGAAUCGUUUGGAGAUGACAAGAUCUUCAAGCAAACCAUCUCAGGAGAUUUUGAAUACUUUCUCAAUCUAAAUCCAAAGUCGCCCGAGUAUCUAUCCCUCUUUAUUGAUGAUAAACUCAAGAAGGGAGUUAAAGGGCUUACAGAACAGGAGGUAGAGGCAAUUCUAGACAAGACAAUGGUUCUCUUCCGAUUCCUACAAGAAAAGGAUGUCUUUGAACGGUACUAUAAACAGCAUCUAGCUAAACGACUUCUACUCAACAAAAGCGUAUCUGACGAUUCAGAGAAAAAUAUGAUCUCAAAAUUAAAGACUGAGUGUGGCUGCCAGUUCACUUCAAAACUCGAAGGCAUGUUUAAAGAUAUGACAGUUUCAAACACAUUCAUGGAAGACUUUAGACAGCACGUCCAAAACAGUGGGCUGAACCUGUCCGGUGUUGAUUUAACAGUACGUGUAUUGACGACAGGUUUCUGGCCCACGCAGUCGGCUCCACAGUGCAAUGUACCGACGCAACCUAGAUAUGCAUUUGAUCACUUCAAAAGAUUUUACCUUACCAAGCAUACAGGUAGACAGAUCUCCCUCCAAGCGGCGCUAGGCUCAGCAGAUUUGCAUGCAGUCUUCUAUGGUUCCAAGAAGGAAACCACUACAAAACCCGAGCCUAGGAAACAUAUACUGCAAGUGUCCACAUACCAAAUGUGUGUCCUGAUGCUAUUCAACACAAAGGAAAACUGGACUUAUGAAGAAGUGAAACAGGAAACCGAUAUACCGGAAAAGGACCUUGUGAGGGCGCUGCAAUCACUUGCUCUGGGCAAGCCAGCUCAGAGGAUUUUGAGCAAGGAACCCAAGUCCAGAGAAAUUGAGGGGGAUCAUAUCUUUUCCAUCAAUGAUACAUUCACGUCCAAGUUGUUCCGAGUCAAAAUUCAAACAGUCGCUGCCAAAGGGGAAUCUGAACCAGAGAGAAAGGAGACAAGGUCACGAGUCGAUGAAGACAGAAAGCAUGAGAUUGAAGCUGCAAUUGUACGGAUAAUGAAGUCAAGAAAACGACGACAACACAACAUCCUAGUAUCAGAAGUGACAGAGCAACUGAAGUCUAGAUUUCUUCCGAGCCCAGUAGUUAUAAAGAAGAGGAUAGAGAGCUUGAUAGAAAGAGAAUACCUAGCUAGGACACCCGAGGACAGAAAAAUCUACACUUAUGUAGCUUAAGGAAUCGUGGACGUCAUUUUACAUGGAAUUCCUUCAGUCUGAAACCAAUCUUUAAAAUGGAUUUACUACGAUUCAAGAGUAAAUGAUGCUUUAGUAGAAGAAACUCAUUUAUAGAAUCAUUGGGUUGUUUGAUGAUUUAAUCAAACAGUUUCAAAAGGCAUUAACAUAACAUACUGGAGAAUGAUACAUGUGUACAGUGUAUUUUAUUCUAUUAAGCAUCUUUUUUGUAUUCCAAGAUUACAGAGUUUUGAUUGGUUAAUUAAUGUGUUGAUGCUGUCAGUAACUAUAAAAGGUUGUAGUACCUGUCAGUGAUGCUAACUUUGUUGCCAUGGGAAGACUUUAGCAACAAUGGGGAAGUGUCUGAAACAGGCUUAACAAGAUGAGUAUGAAUUUGAAAAGGAGUGAAUAGGCUUGAGGUAGCUUUGUGCAGAAAAUCAAGCAAUUUGGUUUUUAAGCCCAGCUACAACUUUGGGACACAUGAAGUUGAUGGCCAUUAGGUCUAAAUAUCAAAACGUGGAGGUUGAUGAUACAGCAUGUAGAUAUAAAGAAAUUAAUAAGUUAGCACAAGAUCCAUUCGUAAACCAAGUAUGACGACGAUAUCUUAAUUUGGAAUGGAACGCGACAUAGAAUUGCACAUCAGUUAGAUUCUUCUAUUCUAACACAGUGGUUUAAAUCAUGCCAAUAAUGCAUACAGUAGAUGAAAUGCUAAUAUAUUCUUCUAUGCUGAUUAUAUACCAUAGAGGUAUAAAUAAUUCAUUAAUCUGCCAUGAAGCAUUCAUCAUUUGCAAACCUUAAUCAAAUUCUAGAAAACAUUUUGAAACUAAUGAUUUUAGCAAAUGUUAUUUUCCACCGUUUGAACCUAAAACAUAAUUAUAAUUGGUACUAAAUCUAUAAUAGGCAUAUAAUCACAUUCAAUUAAAAACCUUUUAGGGGCUUCUCAGAAUUUCAUGGAACAGUGGAUUUUAACAUCUGCAUCUAGGCAUGCAUUGUGUAGAUAAAUCCAAUUCCAAUCUCUGUGAACACUUGAUGCGACGUCAUCUGGGCUAGGCCAGUGGAAGUCUGAACGAAGUUGAUAUUGCAUGCAUGCCUCAUCACAUUUCUUUCUUCAGAGAAUCGCAUCGGCUGAUGGUUGUUACCUCAGCCUGACUUAAAAGAACUUCUAAGCUACAUAGAUAAUCACUCACUAUAAGACUAUUCAUGUAAUUACUAGCCAGCAGUUACAGUGGUACUAGAGAUUUCUGAUGGCAGAUCCAAGGUCUUUCACAAGGGUCCUCGGCCACACCUUGUUUGCCAUAACAACCAUUAACUAUACUAUAAUGUUGAUUUGACAAUAGACAUACUGUAAUUAGAAACCUGCUUUAACAAAAGGAUUUUGUAACUUAAAGUAAGUGGCCUGUGAAUCAUACAGCAUAGAAACACGCUUGAAUUUAUUCAACUUUCCAUACUAGUACAACAUUAAUAAAGCUGUGUCUACUUCUACUUUUACGUUAAAUCAAAAAUACACAUACUAGUAAUAUUUUGUUAAUUUGUUCUUAUCAUUUAAACUCAGUAAUUAGUUGUUUAAUGUGAAAUUGGGGAUAACAAAUUGAAUGAUACAAAUUGACGUGUGUUCCUAUCUGUAGGCUAGGCACCCAUUUCCACCAGCUUACAGUGUUCAGUAGGUGCUUACCUGUUAGUUCCUUUAUUUUCAUAUGAUUAUUUUAUUCUUUUUAUUUAUUUUUUUUUCAUGAUUGAGGUGAAUAAUUAUAAAAUUGUUGGAUUUAAGCUAGCAUCUAUACAGGAUGAAAUUUCUGAUUGUAUUUGGAAAGAUCUGGCUAAAAAAAACAUUUACAGUAUAUUACUUUGCUUGAUUAUAAUCUCUAGACCUUACUGUUGGAAACUACGUAGAUAGCGGUUUGAUUUAUCAAGCAGAACUAAAGCACCCUCAAUGCCAUAUGUUAGUCACAUGACAGGGAUGCUCUAUUGGUUUCUGAGCAUUUGCUAUUAAAUCUUGUGAAUAGGUACUGCCUCAAAAUUUAAGAGGAUUAUGUAUAUACCACUUCAGUAAAUAAAAAUUAAAAUAUGUUGAAUGCA